GUGCAUAGUCGACUUGAAGCACGUAAAAGACCAUCGACUGAUUCUAAAUACCAUGAGUAGGCUUUAUUUGAACUUAUCUAUCUUAACGAAUAAAUAUAUAUGGGUCCCAAACUAGACAGAAUCGCGUCGUUAGUUGGUUAGUUGUGACAGCGUGAACGUUACAUUUUCAUUGGAGCCAUCGGUGCUCCAAGUGAUCUACAUUUGGUGCCAGUAUUUGUUGAUGUAAGAUCCGACCAUAAGCUAGAAAAUUAAACUUGAUUAAAUUGACUUACUGGCGGCAACAUGUUGACACCAGUGACGCAAAAAUUGAACCUCUUCUACAAGCCGUACGCAGUAGCGAUAGUUACGCUCGGUUACGUUCUCGGCGAACUAGGACACUAUCUGAUUGGUGUAACGAGCAAGGCGACCGCCAUAGACCUGCAGUACGGCGACAUAACGUGUCAGUUCAAUUCGACCACCUUAUCGACGAUCGAGCUGCCUGUUCAAUGCGAAACAGCCAACAAUUCUGAAACAUGCGAAUCGCUGGAAUUGAAUGGCACGCGCUACUGCGAGUGGAACAGAAAUGGCCUGGGAUUGGAUUAUCAGAUUCUCGCUGGUCCGAGCUUCAUUGCGGUGUUCACAAUCAUGGGUAUUCUCCUGGGCAUCGCCGCGGAUAAAUUCAACAGAGUUCGCCUGCUGACGAUUUGCACCUUCGUGUUCAGCGUAGCGAUUAUUCUCAUGGGUUCCGUUAAGGAGUACUGGCAACUAGUCGUCCUUCGUAUGCUCGCUGCCGCUGGGGAGGCCGGCUGCAAUCCUUUGUCAACGGGUCUGCUGAGCGACUGGUUCACCGAGAAGAAGCGAGCCCUCGUCAUGUCCAUCUUCAAUUGGGGCAUUUACGGUGGCUACGGAAUCGCUUUUCCGGUUGGUCGCUACGUACCUCAAAUGAACGCCUGGAAUUUGGGCUGGCGAGUCUGCUACUACGCGGCGGGAAUCGUGGGCCUGAUUUUGGCGGCACUCACUGGACUGACCAUCAAAGAGCCCGAGAGAACGACCAUCGGCGAGGAGACCACCAAUAAGCAAAACAAGAAAAAAGACUCUCUAUGGAAAGUCAUUACUCAACCUCGAGUGCUUCUGUUGUGCCUCGCCGCCAGUAUCAGACAUUGCGGUGGUAUGACUUUUGCCUACAACUGCGACCUGUUCUACCGGGACUACUUUCCGGAUUACGACCUGGGCUGGUGGCUCUUCGUAGUGACCAUUGGCAUCGGCAGCAUAGGUGUCGUCGUCGGUGGUGUCGUCAGCGACAAGUUCGUUGCCAAGAUGGGCAUCAGGUCCCGCGUGGCUGUGCUAGCCAUCAGUCAACUCAUCGCCACUCCAUUUGCCUUUGGCUCGGUUUAUUUCAGCCCGACCGGAGCUAUGAUAACUCUCGGCAUCUCUUACUUUUUUGCGGAAAUGUGGUUCGGCAUUGUCUUUGCUAUUCUCGUCGAGAUAGUACCCUUGAGCAUGAGAUCUACGACGAUCGGUAUUUUCCUCUUCGUGAUGAAUAACGUCGGUGGAAAUUUGCCAAUUCUCGUCGAGCCAACCAGCAAAGCCAUCGGCUAUCGUGAAGCUCUCUACAUCUACUACGCCGGCUUCUAUCUCAUAAGUUCGAUCAUGUUUUUCUUGACGAUGUUCCUCAUGCCUGGUGGACCAGCACCAAAGAGCUCGACCAAUAACGUCGAAGCUCACGACAACAGUUCGUUCGUCAACGAUCAAGGUAAAGUGUCAACGCUGGAAUUGCCCAGACUGACCGGAAGAACGAGCAACGGAUUCGACAAUUCUCACCUUUGAGACGAAUAGAGUCACGAUUCGAUUCGUAUAAACUUUUCUUUUUCGCGAGUCAUAAAUAUAAAAGAUCAUCUAGAUGAGGAAAGAAAAGAUUGCAAAGCUGAGAUAAUAAAAGAUAAAUUUACAUUCAUAUAGAGACCUUUGCAUAUGAGUAGCAAUAAGAACGUGUAUAAAAAUAUUCCUAUCGUGAAAAAUGACAUUCCAAGAUAGGUUGAAAAAUUUAUCGUACUUAGUUCAAGCAGUAUUGCUAAAGAUAAGACCGAAUAUACCCGAAUAAUUUUGUCAUUAUGUUUGUUUUUUUGUUAUAUUUUAUAAUUAAUUAAUUUUGCGAAUGUAGGCUUUGAUUGAAAGUUAAUGUAUUUUCUUGUUAAGUGUCAUCAUUUUCUGCCAAACACAAACUACGAAGCUGCUAUUGAGCGAAAUUGUUACAAGUUGCAAAAGCUUUAUCAAUUGCAAGAUGCAGCCAAGGUAGACGAUUUUUUUUUCGGUACAAGAGAUGCCAAAUCUUUGCGUGCGUUAUUAAUCGUCGGCGCGUGCACAGAUCAGACCUCCUCUCCCCCUCGGCACCUGAUAUCGAGUUUUUAUUUUCAACUGUUCGCGAUUUUGUGCAAUAAGAUUUUUCAAUGUUUCACUUAUUACCUUGAUGCAGUCAAACAGUCACGAGACUUCGUAUAAAUAUUAUUAUCUGUUUCCCUAUUAUACCAAGAACCUCGUUAAGUCACGAUGAAUCUGCAAGGCGACGAGAUGACACUUGAAGUUAAUUGGCUACUUGCAUAAGAUGUAGACAUACUUGUAGUACACCUUAAUGAUAGAAAUUAAUAAAUUGGAACUAUAUGAUUGGGGUCCACGAUAAAAAUUGAAAUAAAUAACGAAAUUUGCAUGCAUAUGAGAUCAAGAUUUGUUCGACUGUGCAAACAUGAAAAAUGAGCAGGUGCAAGAAAAAAUGUGCUUUUAUUCAAAACCCUAUGUAAAGUGAUUUUUACUCUUUUUUAUUGUUAUUUUACUUGUAAAUAUUUUGCUUAUAUUUUUCCUAGACUUAAGUGAACGACAUAUAUUUUAGAUUAUUUUAAAUAAAUAAUUCGUCUAAUAAAAUUGUUUCCAAGAAUA